AUGAGAGUUUCUGACAUUGCCGUUACUUUCAACCCAUUCACUUCGCCUCCUACUCCAAAACUCACUCAGACUCUGUCGUCUUUUCCCUCUCCCGCCAUUGCUCCUCUCAAGCUCAUUACUCGUGAGAAUCAAGAGCUUUGGUGGAAUCAUUUGACUCGUUCUAACUCGGAUAAACUCGCCAAGAAUUGGAUGGAGUAUCAAGGGAUCAAUAACUGGGAAGGCUUGCUCGAUCCGCUUGAUGAUGUUCUACGGAGUGAGAUUCUGAGGUACGGUCAGUUCGUUGAAGCGGCGUACCGUGCUUUUGAUUUCGAAGCCUCUUCGCCGACUUUUGGGUCGUGUAAGUUCACCAAGAACUCGUUGCUGACUCGGUGUUGCAUUAUAGAGACUGGUUAUAAACCGACCAAGAACUUGCGUGCGACGUGCGGGAUUCAGUUGCCGGGUUGGGUUGAUCGAAGUCCGAGCUGGGUUUCCACUCGGUCGAGCUGGAUCGGUUACGUGGCGGUGUGUCAAGACAAGGAUGAGAUCGCUAGGAUCGGCAGGCGCGACGUGACGAUUGCAUUCCGGGGUACCGCCACGUGCUUAGAGUGGCUCGAGAAUCUACGCGCAACGUUAACCGAUGUGGGUGGUCGAGGCGGUGGGGCCAUGGUGGAGAGUGGGUUCUUGAGCCUCUACACUUCCGGGAACGCCACGUGUCCUAGCUUGCAGCAAAUGGUGAGGGAAGAGAUCGAGAGAGUACUCGAAAUGUACGAAGACGAGCCCUUAAGCCUGACCAUCACCGGCCACAGCCUCGGCGCGGCUCUAGCUAUACUCGCUGCGUACGACAUAAACACCAGCUUUAACAAUGCACCGCCGGUUACCGUCAUAUCGUUCGGCGGACCCCGGGUGGGAAACCAAAGCUUCAGAUGCCAACUAGAACAAAACGGGACCAAGAUUCUACGUAUAGUAAACUCCGAUGAUCUUAUCACGAAAUUACCAGGCUUCGUGAUCAAUGACAAUGACACGAUGGUCAAUGCCGCGGGGCUAUCGAGCUGGGUUCAGAGGCGCGUAGAAAACACGCAACUAGUUUACGCCGACGUAGGGCAGGAGCUAAGACUGAGCAGCAGACAGUGCCCACACUUGAGCAAAGGAGGCGUGGUUGCAUGUCACGAACUCGGCACAUAUCUGGAAUUAGUAAAUGGUUUCGUUAGUUCAAAUUGUCCCUUUCGAGCCACUGCCAGUAGAGUUUUAUGCUAACA